AUGUCGACCAGCACUACAAGUAGCCCAAUCGCGGUGGCCGGCCAAAGGUUCCUCGACUCCCUCGACGAGAAAGAUAGGUCUAUUGUUACUAUCUGUGCAUCAGCUAAUACCUUCAUCCGCCACGUCGAACAGCUUGAAGAGUUCAAGAAAGCCAACACUGGGACCAGAAGGCGACUUUUCGACAGCAUCACCGUUUUCACCGGCAAUGUUGAGCCCUAUCUUAAGGUUGUCGACACUCUUGUGUCGUCCAAGCCUGAAGUCGGCGCCUUGGUUUGGGGCGCAGCCAAACUUGUGUUGCUGGCUGCGAAUAAUUACUCGAACUUCUUCAGAAAGCUAACCAGCAUGCUGGAGAGUAUCUCAUCGAACUUUACGGUAUACAAAAGUCUUGUCCAAAUGAUUGAGGAGCAUGGCAUCGAUUUAACGACGGGACUGCGAUGCACAAUAGUAACCACAUACAGCGGCAUCCUUGAAUUCUUUCAAAAGAUAGUCCGGGUGUUCUACAGAAAGACAGGCGAGUCAAAGCAUCAAUCACGAGUCGUUGCAAAUUUGCUAUGGAAGCCAUUUGACUCAACAUUCAACACCUUGCAAAAGAAAUUGUCUAGUUGCGAUGCACUUGUAGACAAGGAGUUGCAGCUGUUUCAGCUCAAACUCCUCCUAAAUGGCCAACAGAACGACGAAGCUUCAGAAGCACACAACGAAAAUCAACUAUCUGAUGAGGUUCUCGAACACAUCAAAGGCAUCCAAUCUCUGAUGGAGUCUGUGAAGAAGGUCGGGGAAAAAAGGCAUAUUGCAGUAUCAAAUCUGAUGUAUCAUUGUUUUCAAGCACUCUUUUGCGUGCUGGAUCGCUAUCCUUCACUCAGUCAAGAAAGUGUCAUCGUUGAUGCUAGUAUCGUAAGAGACCUGAUGGAAAUAUUCAUACCGCAACUACGCAAAUUCCUCGACACCCGGUCCUAUUUGCUUGUCUGGAUCGAGAUCUCAUACCUCUUACGGAUACCUAUCCGCAGUAGCCUCGUCUAUGAAGACAGUUUGCGUAAGCUCUCUGUAUGUCUGACUAACCAUACCGGCAGCGCCCAUGUGGAUACUAUUUCUCGGGCAUCGGCAGACUUGACGAAUUUGUUGUCGAUCGCUACAGAAAUUGAAAGAGAUUGGGGCACUCAACUACGUGAAGAUUCAUCAGUCUUGUGGAGGGAGGUGGUCGCGUUUCACCGGCUUAGAACUAGUCCGCGUGAGGCUCAAGUCAUGAAGGUGACUAGCCUUCUGUCAGAGAGACCAGAAACCAGUGAUAUUGGUUGUGAAAAUCUAAAGACCAUAUCCAGAGUACGAAACGACGGCAAAGCCAUGAUGGUACUCUCAGUUUGGCCAUCCAAGUGUUUUGAAGAUGCUGCCGUUCAUCGAGGCGCGGAACUCCGCAGCCGCAAUCUCUGGAGUGCAUGUUCAGGCUGGCUUGCCAAGUAUGAACUGUGGACGACCGAAGAGGAGCCUGUCCGUGUGUUCAGUGUCGUAACGAAACUUAACGCCAAAGAGAUCUUGAUCCAGUGCAAACAGUCUGCUUGGGAAGACCGUUCUUCUUUUUCCAUACCAGAAUUUCUGCCAGGAGAUAUCUGGUCACCUUGGAAAUUACAAUUUCCUUUCGAGAUUUCACCGAGCGGGCGGUACUUUUGUGUACUUCGGACAGUCUAUGAAGUCGUACAUCCCGCAACGGAGGACUGUCAGCCCUGGGUGCGAAAAAGCAAGCUUGAUAUGGAUUUCGACAAGUCUGAUGACUGGGACCCUUAUCGAAUUUUCGGACACAACAUGUUAUCACCUCGUUUGUUGUACUUCCCGAGUUUCACGACAAAUGAAGAUCUAUUCGUGUUAGUCGCCAGAGCUGGUGCUCCGCUAGGCUUAGCACUCUUUCGGAGCAGUGUCGACGAGAUUUUCCAGCCAACUUUACAGUCUUCUGACCAGAGUGACAUCAACCUCAACCUCGAAGACGCCCACAGCAUCACUAUAUGCCAUAAUACCGCUGUUACCCUGAUAGGCUUUAUAGCUGGUCCAGGCGCAUAUGUUUUGGGAUUGGUCGCGGGCUGCAUUUUCGCAGAGCAUCCAAGGACCUUCUGCUGUUUCGAAUCGGUUACCGAUGAGCCUGAAAAGAUAGCCUCUCCAGUUGUGGAAGUCGAGGACAUGGAGCAGCUCCGAGGCACAAAGCGUCCGCAAGGGCUUCAAGACACUCAUAAUAACACCAUCAAGAAAUCGUUGGAUACCAUGCAACGGAUGGAGUAUAGCUCCUUCUUGCAGCGAACAAGCCACUAUGGAGUGGUUGAUAGUACAGAUACUAGUCUCUGCAUCGAAAACGGAGUUACUGCUUCCAAUGUUCUCCAUGUUAUCUCCUCACAAAGCAAGAUCCUUGUGCGCAACAUACAGGAAGAUGAAGAGACCGAAGAGAAUAUCGUCAAUGAAGUGGAGCUAGUGAAGCUUCCACGGAGUGUGGCUGAUGAUGAUCUGAUACCAGAGGCGACAGCCAUUAUCCCGGAUGCUGCAGACAAUUCGGUGAAAGUUGCUAUCUCGCACAAGCCGCCUUUGUUCAGCAAUCUAUCAGCAAAGAACAACAAGAUGUCGAUACUUGUCCAGCGCGAGAAAGCCUCACUUCGUUUGCAAACUACACAGGAAACAUUACCGAUUAAAACAUUACCGAGUAGGACUGCAGGGAAUGACAGUUUAUCUUAG